AUGGACGAAGGAGAUCACAGCGACAAGGAGAGCGUGGGGGAGGAGCACGUGGACGACAAGGACGGCAAGCCAAAAAGGAGCUACGAAAAAAUGGUGGAAGAAAUAAAAAUCGAAAACAGCAAGUCGUACAUCUCAAAAAUUAGCGAACCAUUAUUGAAAAAAAAAUAUUUUAAAUAUUUUCUUAAAAUCCUGGACUAUGCGUACUAUGCAAAAGUAACAGCCAUGCAGAUCAUAAAAACGAAUGAGCAGAUAGAAGAACGGAAAAAAAAAAUUCUGAAAAAUAAAUUCAUCGUCAUUGGGAUAACGCAGGUUGUCAAGGCUAUUAGGAAAGGAGAGGAAGGCAUUGUCUUCUUGGCCAUAGAUGUAUUUCCAAUAGACAUAAUUUGUCACAUGCCCGUUUUUUGUGAAGAGCAUAGGAUACCUUACACCUUCGUUACGACGAAGAAUAAGCUGGCGCGUUUGUGCAAACUAAAACGAUCAGUCACUUGCUUGUUCCUCCCCAAACCGAGCGUCGACAUGGAUAAAUUUGAAGAUACCGUCAAUGAGUUUAGCAGUAAGAAGAAGAUUAGCAACUACGCCAAGCUGUACGAUAAGAUGCUUGCCGGGGUGAAGAAGAACCAUCCCUUCUUUCAAUCUUAG